AUGAAUGAUGUCUUCAAACCACAUCUAAGGAAAUGUAUCUUGGUGUUUUUUGAUGACAUAUUAGUAUACAAUCCAGAUGAGGAGACCCACAUUCAACAUCUGAAGCUCACUUUGGAACUCUUGAAGCAACAUUCCGUAUUUUCUAAGAAGAGUAAAUGUUCUUUUAGACAGAAGAAGGUGGAAAACCUAGGCCACAUAAUCUCUGGAGAAGGGGUAGCAACUGAUCCUUCUAAGGUUGAAUGCAUGCAAAGGUGGCCAACACCAACAACCCUGAAGGACUUGCGAGGUUUCUUAGGACUUACUGCGUGUUAUAUGAAGUUUGUGCAGAAUUAUGGAUUGGUCUUCAAACCUCUAACUGAUUUAUUAAAGAAGAACAACUUCCAAUGGUCCACAACAACACAUGCAACAUUUGAUCUUCUCUAG